CCACCCCAAAAAAAUAACUGCUAGAGAGAUCUAAGGUAGAGAGCGAGAGAGGAAGGGAAGAGGAGAGAGGAAAGCAGAAGCACGCGGACGGAGCACCUCGUCGCCAAAAAUACCAUACAAUCCAUCCCGCCAUGGGGAGGGAUUCGCACCUCAUCCUUCUCGUCGUCCUCCUCGUCUCCUCCCUCGCCGCCGCCGCGAAAUCUGCCGAUGAGGACGUCAUCUUUGGGCUCGCCAAGUUGUUGUCCAGCCCGCCCUCGUCCUGGGGCGCCGGCGGCGACGUCUGCGUCUUCGAGGGCAUCACCUGCGAGCGCGGCGGCUCGGGCGGGGUCACCUCCAUCGACCUCGGGGACAUGGGUCUCACCGGGACCCUGCCCACCUCCCUGUCCUCCCUCACUGCGCUCAAGGAGUUGCAUCUCCAGGGCAACGCACUACACGGCGACUUCCCAUCGCUCGCCGGCUGCACCGACCUCACCCGCCUUGUGCUCGACGGCAAUGGGUUUACCUCCCUCCCAAGUGACUUCCUCAAAGACCUGCCCUCCCUGCAAUACCUCAGCCUGGAGGACCUGCCACUCAAGCCGUGGUCCGUCCCUGACGCCAUUGUCGGCUCCUCCUUACUCGAAACCUUCUCCGCCUCCAAUGCCUCCAUCGCGGGUGCCUUCCCGGCAGUUCUCGCCAACCUUUCAUCGUUGAGGUCUCUGCGGCUGUCAUAUAAUAACCUCACUGGUGGACUCCCGGCCGGGCUGGCUGAGCUGAUUGCCCUAGAGAGUCUGCAGCUGAACAACCAGAUUUCGGAUGGGAAGCUGUCAGGGUCUAUUGCUGUUGUUGCUGCAAUGAAGAACCUAAGGCUGCUGUGGAUCCAGUCUAAUAAAUUCACGGGCCCAAUCCCGGAUUUUAGCAACUCACAGCUAGAGGCGUUCAAUGUCAGGGACAAUAGGCUUACUGGUGUGGUGCCAGCCUCACUCUAUGAGAUCAAGACACUGCGUAAUGUGUCACUGACUAAUAAUCUUUUUCAGGGGCCGAUGCCUGAUUUUCGUGGUGUAAAUGUAGACCUCGCUGCUGACACCGUGAGCAGGUUCUGUCAGUCAAGGCCUGGGCCAUGUGAUCCGCUGGUUACAACUCUGCUUUCGGUGGCCGCAGGGUUUGGAUACCCAGCUGAACUUGCGGAAACGUGGAAUGGGAACACACCAUGUGGUAAUUGGAUUGGUAUUGUAUGCUCAAAUGGGGAUGUUAGCAUUUUUGAUUUGCACAAUCGUGGUUUGUCAGGGACGAUAUCGCCGGCUAUUGCAAACCUGACUAGUGUUGGAAAGCUAGAUCUCUCAAAUAAUCACCUCACUGGGGUGAUACCGGAUACUCUGACGACAAUGUCAAACCUGAAAAUUUUCAUUGUCUCAAAUAAUAGCCUCGAUGGUGAACUGCCCAAGUUUAAGCCUUCAGUCAAGGUACUGGCCAACGGAAACCAGUUUGGGAAAUCAGAUAGUGGUUCCCAGAGUGUUUCUGCAGGUGCACUGAAAUGGAAGUCGGAUGCUGGCAUGAUUAUUGGAAUUCUUGUAGCUGUGGUUCUUCUUGUUAUCAUUGUUGGGCUUUUUGUACAUCAUCUGAGGAAGAAGAAUGCAGAGAAGUUCAGGCCAGUCUCAUCAAAGGAGUCUGCUGAUGAAUCUGAGAUGAUGAAAAUUCAGGUGGUUGAAACAAAUUGGAGUGUCAAUGGAAAUACUGCAGUUCCAGCUGAUUACAGCCAGGUGAGUGCUGGUAGUGCAAACAUUACUCAUCUGUUUGAGUCCCACGGAAUGCAAUUGCCUAUUGAAGUGCUGCUAAAGGCCACAGACAACUUUAAUGAGGACUUUAUUUUAGGUAAAGGGGGGUUUGGGGUGGUCUUCAAGGGGAACCUCAAUGGGAGGUUGGUUGCUGUGAAGAGGUGUGACAGUGGCACUAUGGGGACUAAAGGGCAGCAAGAGUUCAUGGCUGAGAUUGAUGUGCUUACGAAAGUAAGGCAUCGACACUUGGUUGGACUACUUGGGUACUGUACCCAUGGCUACGAGAGGCUCCUGGUCUAUGAGUAUAUGUCUGAUGGAACAUUGCGUGAGCACCUAUGUGAUCUUCAGCGGAGUGGUUAUACUCCUCUUACAUGGACACAGAGAAUGACAAUAGCUUUGGAUGUUGCGAGAGGGAUAGAAUAUUUGCAUGGCUUGGCACAGGAGACUUUCAUCCAUAGGGAUCUGAAGCCUUCCAAUAUACUGCUGGACCAGGAUUUAAGAGCCAAGGUAUCAGACUUUGGGUUGGUCAAGCUUGCUAAUGACACUGACAAAUCAAUGAUGACAAGGGUGGCAGGGACAUUUGGAUACCUUGCGCCUGAAUACGCUAUGAAAUACCAAACUCAAGUUGGAAGUGGAUAUGUCAGAAGUAUGGCUAUUUCCUUAUCUUCCAAAUUAGAAGAGCCCGUCCUCAAGCUGAAACGAGGGAAAACGAGCAAUGAGCUCAUCCAACGCCUCCCAUGUUGCAUCAUCUUCAGAAACCCCAACCCACUGUACAAGGAAAUGCUUCACUCGGCGGCGAAGGCUGGACCGAAGAACCUUGGCUGGCGCAAGCACCACACGACUAUCCUCAAUGGCGGGGAGUAUAGCAAGAAUGGCCGAUGGCUCACUAUGAAACUUUUUGAGGAGACUGAUCAUUUGACGUCUACAGGGAAAGUAACUACAAAAGUUGACGUUUAUGCAUAUGGCGUCAUACUAAUGGAGAUGAUCACUGGAAGGAAAGUACUUGAUGACUCAUUACCUGAUGACGAAACACAUCUUGUAACAAUCUUCCGAAGAAAUAUGCUUGACAAAGAAAAGUUCAGAAAGUUUGUGGAUCCUACACUAGAACUCGGUGCUGAGGCUUGGAAGAGCCUGCUGGAGGUAGCUGAUCUUGCCAGGCAUUGCACAGCACGAGAGCAAAACCAGAGGCCCGACAUGUGCCACUGUGUGAACCGACUUUCCAGUCUGCUUGAUGAGUGGAAGCCUACAGAAGUUGAUGAUGAUGACGAGUGCGAGACAAGUGAGAUGCAUCUCAACCAGCAACUUGAGAAAUGGAGGUGUGAUGAUUUUACCAUAUCAGAUUCAGAUACGUUCAGCACAUUCAAUAUGUAAGGAAGUAAAACUGACAGUUUGCAACCUACCCUAUGAUGUCAUGUA